CGUUCGUCCAAGGUAAAACGGCAUCGUAUGGUUCUAGCAUUGAAGGAAGAGGCUUUGAAAGAAAAGCAGUGUGACAGUGUCUCGUAGGUGCCGAGCUGAAGAAGAGGAAGAAGAAUUAGAAUGGCAACAUCGUCGUGUAAGGCUUUGUGUAGGUUAUCAUUUCGAUUACAAUCUCUUGUUCAUAAUACCAACACUAAACAACCAUCACUCUCUCUCCAUCUCAAUCUCAAACUCAAACCUCAAUCUGCAACUGUUCCACGCGUCUCUCUCACUUCUCGGUUACCGGUAGAGUUGAGUAGCUUGGAAUCAAUGCUGCCGUUCUAUAGCGCGGUCGCAUCAGCGAGAUUAGUUUCAAGCUUAUCCAUUGAAUCUCUUGGUUGGGGUUUAGUUCCUCAAGGUAUUUCCAUGCCUUUAUGACAGUGUUGAUCUACGGUUAGCUGAUUCAAUUAGCAUUUCCAUGUGAUGGCAGACUUUGGCUAAUGUCGAUGUUUUCAUUUUUUUGUAAUCUUGUGGCCUUUUGACAUAGGAUCCUUUACAGAUAUCUUUGACGAACAUGUAAUGCGACUUAUGUUGCUUACUCAUCGAGUUAGUUCAUUUUAUCCCCAGACGAUUCUGGAAUAACUUAUUUUGCCUUUCUUAUUUUUGGAUGAGUUUGGUAAACUAAUAAUGCGUUAUUGAAGGGCAUUAUAUCUGAAGAAUUUAAGCCAAUUUUUAUCAUUUCUGUGAUCACCACAGCUAGAAGGUAUUUCUAAAUCAUUAUCAAACUAGUGUGGCUUAAUGUAAAGGUUCUUCUUCAUCCUUGCUUAACACAGGUGAAUGGGAAGGAAAUACAUGGUUGCUUUGAGAUGUGUUAAACCGUUGCAGCUGACAUAUCGUGUUUCGUCUGCUACUUGUUAGUUGUUACAAGUCCACUCUGUAGGGUGUAACUAUUCACAUCUAUAAUGAUGAUUUUUAAUCUAAUGUCGUAUAUAUUUUAGCGAA